AUGAGUUUGAAGCUACCCUCACGCGCACCCCCAGCCGCACUACUCGCAGUUCAUCGGCUACUACGGCAACGGCGCGUGGGGCCCGGCGGCCAGGUGCGGUCGGUCGCCGCGGCGGCGGCGCCGCCGCCGUACGUCGACCACAAGACGGCGAAGAAGGUCAAGAACGACGUGAACGUGCUCAAGGACACGAUCAAGCUCUUGGUCGACGAGCGGAGCUCGGAUUCGCACCUGGUUUCGUUCACCUUCGAUGCGGUUGUGGAUGGCAGUAUCACCAUACUUUACUUUGCUAAGGAAGGGGAUAGCUGCACCUUUAGCCCUAUAUACCCUGAGAUGUAUGCACCAAGAAAAACUCCAUUUCAGAAGGGAGUGGCCCAGAAGUUCUGUCAACCUUCUGGAAGCGGCAUUGACCUUGGUUUCUUCGAUGUGGAUGAGCUCUCAAAGCCCUCCCAAAAUGAGAAGGUUUUCCCUCUUGUUAUCUGUGCAGAAACAAGGGCACCAUCUCCCGUGAAUGAGCAGCCCAAUCAACCUUUGCCUGCAACGUCUUCCCAUGCUCAGAUUACUCUAGCAGUCCUAGAGAAAAAUGAUGAGGGCGAUUUUCGAGUGAGAGUCGUCAAGCAAAUCUUGUGGAUUGAGGGAGUUCGUUAUGAGCUUCAUGAGAUAUAUGGAAUUAGCAAUGGAAUUAGCAAUGCAGAAGACACAACCUUUGAGGACACUGAUCCAGGGAAAGAAUGUGUCAUUUGCAUGACUGAGCCAAAGGAUACGGCUGUUUUGCCUUGCAGACAUAUGUGCAUGUGCAGGUGUGCAAAAGAGUUGACGCUUCAAUCCAACAAAUGUCCAAUAUGCCGCCAGCCAAUUGAGGAACUCAUUGAAAUAAAAGUAGAUAAAGGUACUGAUUGA